AUGGCUCCGACUUCUUCACCUCCAGAGAUCAACAUUGAACCAGAGUAUUGUCCUCAAGCCAUCAUUGAUUGGUGCAACCACAUUGCAUCACAAGAUCACAAGCCUCGUGGUUCCUCCUCAAGGGACCUUUCCUUAAAGGCAAAGAAGCACCUCUGUGCAUUGGGUUGGAAAUUUUGGUACAUUGACAAGAAAUAUAAGUGGGAAUUGCGUUACACUUCACCCAACAAUGGCAAAACUUAUAUUUCCCUCAGAAGGGCAUGCGAAAGUUGCAUUGCAGAAGGACUCGAAAAGGGUACCCCUCAAAUUGUUCCCGUGCUUCAAGAACACCCUUCAAAACCCAAGAAGAAAAAGCAAAGAAUAUGCAAAGAGGAGAGACAAAGCGAUGCGGAGGAACACUCUGAAUCAGAGUUAGAAGAAAGAGGUAGAGUUGUAAGAAGAGCCAAAAGGGUGUGGAAUGAGGACGGGGCACAAGGUUCUGGUUCUUCACAACGUAAUCCUCGAAAAAUUAUAUCUUGGUUGCUUGAUAACAAAGUUGUGGCUUUGCAUUCGAGAGUUUUUUGUGGAGGUGCAAAUAAUGUGGUCAAGAAGGGGAAGUUAAUGCAUUGUGGCAUUGCCUGUGAUUGUUGUGGGUUGGUUUUUUCUAUCUCUCGAUUUGAGGCUCAUGCUGAGUGUAACAAGCAUAGACCUUCUGCUACUAUUAUCUUGGAAGAUGGAAGAUCUUUGUUGGAUUGCCAAAAUCAAGUCUUAAGUUCAAACGCGAAAGUGGUCAAUGAUAGCGUUUGUUCACAUUGUCGUUUUGGUGGUGACGUAAUGCUAUGUGAUUGUUGUCCCUCCUCAUUUCACCUUGAUUGUUUAGGUCUUGAUAGUGUUCCUGACGGUGAUUGGUUCUGCCCACGAUGCUGUUGCAAGAUUUGCCACAAACCCAGAUGCAAAGAAGAUUGUGCUGAUGAUCUGGAUGAUAACAGUGCUCUAAUUUGUGAUCAAUGUGAGCGGAAAUAUCAUGUUGGGUGCUUGAAAGCUAGAGGCUUUACCCGUCUGGGCAACCAUCCUCCUAGGAAAAUUUGGUUCUGCACUAGAAGCUGUGAAAAACUAUAUUUCAGACUGCAGGACCUAAUAGGAAAAGAAAAUCUUGUGGGUGAAGAUAAUCUAAUUUGGACAUUGUUGAAGAUAGUGGAAAGUGAUGAGAGUGAAGAAUCAGAUCCUUCAUCUCGUGAAUUUGAAGGGUUGAGUAAAAUAAAAAAGAAGCUUAAUUUGGCUGUUGGGUUAUUGCAUGAGUGUUUUGAUCCACUUAUUGAUGCUUUCUCAGGGAGAGAUAUCGUUGCAGAUGUUAUUUUCAGUAGAGGCUUAGAAUUUAGUCGUCUUGACUUUAGUGGAUUCUAUACUGUGGUUUUGGAGAGGAAUAAUGAGUUAAUUUCUGUUGCCACUAUACGGAUUUUUGGUCAGAGUGUUGCUGAAAUACCUCUCGUGGGUACCUGGAGCAAGUUUAGGAGACUGGGAAUGUGUCGCAUCUUGAUGAAUGAGAUUGAGAAGAAGUUGAGUGAUUUGGGAGUACGGAGGCUCGUUUUGCCUUCCACUCAUAAUGUGAUACACACUUGGACUAACUCUUUUGGCCUUGAAAGGAUGACAGUUUCAGAUAAGUUUCAGUUCCUCGAACAUACCUUUUUAGAUUUCCAAGACACCAUCAUGUGCCACAAACCAUUGCUGAAUGCUUCAAUUAAUUAUUAA